GAAAUCCAGUUUUGUUACUCGAUAUUUCUGACUAAAAGCAUGAUUUACUUGGCCUGGUCGAAGACUUGGUCAAUGUUUGGGAUGUCUUGACGAUAGGUGUCUAUUUACGGGAACAUUCAGCAUUACUAUGCUGUUUGUUGCACCGAUAUCCAUCGAUUAGGUGGCUCAAAUAAACGGAUUUUAAAAAUUCAUCAAAAGAAAAUGUUAUACAUUGAACUGUAACUUAGCGUACGUCACAACGUGAAAGAACUUGAAAAAAUGCCUGUUCAAGUGCCCCAGUGGACAGAAUAUCUCAAUUGUCCAGUGUGCUACAGUAAAUACAAUGACAGUACGCACCUCCCGGUGAGCUUAGGCUGUAGCCACACCCUGUGCAAGUCAUGCUUGACAAAAUUGCAUCAGAAACGCUGCCCGUUGGACCAGAGUAGCAUCAACAAAUCCGUGGAUGUUCUCCCGGGAAACAGCGCCAUUAUACAGUUGGUGGGCGGAAAAGUGACAAGGCCGCAGAAUAUAGCGACACUUGUACAGCCGGAGAAUGAAGCAUUUUACUUUGAGACGAUGAAGUUUGUGGAGGAUCUUGGCAUCUAUUUGCAGAAUGCUUCAACUUCCACUCAAGCACCUCCUGAAACAAGCGGCACAAAUGGCUCAUCGACCCUCAGUCGCCCAAUGCAGCGAAAGCUAGUCUCGCUCAUCAACUGUCAACUUGUCGAGGAGGAGGGCCGUGCUCGAGCAAUGCGGGCUGCACGAUCGCUCGGCGAACGUACCGUCACGGAGCUUAUCUUGCACCAUCAGAAUCCUCAGCAGCUCUCGGCAAAUCUUUGGGCGUCUGUGCGAGCGAGAGGCUGUCAGUUCCUUGGACCUGCUAUGCAGGAAGAGGUACUACGGCUUAUACUCCUGGCACUGGAGGACGGAUCAGCGCUGUCGAGAAAGGUCCUGGUGCUCUUUGUCGUGCAGAGACUCGAACCCCAAUACCCCCAUGCUUCUAAGACAGCCAUUGGCCAUGUCGUUCAGUUGCUCUACAGGGCAUCCUGUUUUAAGGUGACCAAGAGAGAUGAGGAGUCCUCGUUAAUGCAACUUAAGGAAGAGUUCAGGACGUAUGAGACGCUACGACGGGAACACGAUUCGCAGAUCGUACAGAUUGCUACGGAAGCUGGGCUACGCAUUGCUCCCGAGCAGUGGUCGUCGCUGUUGUAUGGCGACACCAACCAUAAGUCCCACAUGCAGUCAAUCAUCGACAAGCUGCAGACGCCGCAAUCAUUUGCCCAGAGCGUGGACGAGCUAGUCAUAGCCCUACAGAGGACGGGUGACCCGGGCAACCUGUCCCAUCUCCGGGUUCAUCUUGAUCUGCUGGCCAACAUCGAUCCAGGUCCUGACACACUGGCGCCAUCAUGGGAGAACUUGGAAGCAAUCAUCAAAUCAACAUUCACGAUCGUAAAAGGCCUGGUCGAGUUUAUCCACACGAACAGUCUCCGCAAAUACGACCCGCCCAAUAUCCACGGAUCGAAAUACAAGACGAGCAUGUGUCGUGACUUUAUUCAGAAGAAAACCUGCCCUAGAGGAGUCAAUUGCACGUUCGCACAUUCAGAGGACGAAAUGGAACGGUACAGGGCUAAGAAUCGUCGCAGUCGACUACAGACGAAACAGGGUGGUUACCACGAUGACAUGGAUGAAUUCUCCGACAUCAUGAGUAACAUCUCCCUCUCACUCUCAGAUGCGGUAGAUGCAGACAGAUUCGAGGCAAAGCCAGAGAGGACGGAAAGUGCUCGAAAUUUGCCUCACUCCGAGUCUUCAAGUAAAAAUGGAGCAAGCGUUGAGAAGAAUCUCGAUUUGGUGUCUUCAUCGGAUAUGACCAUAGAACAAGCUCGAAAUGUAUCCCUUCUGCGUCCUGGUCGAGAUUUCCCCUCCCAGGAGGCGCCAUCCUUGCCACGUCGCCAAGGUCCGCCAGAGUUACACUCGACUAGGACGCCUGGUAUGCUAGCGUCGCCUGGAUAUCCUGCUCCACGCUAUCCAUCAACAGAAAGAUUUAAUGCAGCCAAUAUUAUAGCGAGGGGUCUCCACCAGCAAGCCCCGUCUCAGUAUCACCCAUCGCUCUACGACGAGACAUACCGCUACCCGUCGCGCUACGUCCGCCCUCCCCAGUACACUGGAGAGCAGUACUACCGCUCACUCGCACAGUAUGGAAACAGAGGAGUGCCGAGAGAUUAUUUGGCUCCGUUGAGGGCGCCUCCAGUCCCACUCCAGCGCUCUACAUAUCGCUACCCCCAGGGCGCACCGCCGCGCUCGCAUAUCCUGGAGGACCUCUAUCAGCAACGUGAAGAGCUCCUGGCUCAUCUCAAUCGAAGCACCCCUCCCCCUUCUGGCCACGUCGAUCAACGUCUGAAUGCCAACGGACCGGGCGCAAUAUCCUCAAAUGUGAUAUCGCAGAGGAUACGAACCGACACGCUCUCCGGCACGCAAAGACUGGUCACGUCGGCCGAGUUGGCGCGGUCAAUUAGCGACACUGCGGGGACGAUCCAAGUGAAUUCUUCUCUUGCCAAAAUAAAGGAUGCCGAAGAAAAGGAAAAAGAGGAAGAGAGAUGCGAGACAAAGGAGGGGGGUCCAGUUGCCUCAAUCUACUGUUCAUGGUCGCAGGGGAACGAUGCAUCUCUUGGUUAUGAAUCUGAAAACGAUUCGGAAACGAGUGCAUUUGACUACAAGGUAGACAAGUACCCAGUUCAUACCAGCAUCGUGUCGUCGUCCUCCUCCCUUGAGGCCGCAGACUAUCGCGACGUCUCACUGUCUGGUUCAUUGUCGGAGGCUGAUGAAUCCGCAGGGUGUGUGUCUGCAUGCGAAGAUGAUGAAGAGAGCUUCAGCGAAGCGGAGUUAGCCAAGUUCUGGGCGACCGUAGCAUCUAGAGAGGAGGAUGAUAGCUUCAUACCGUUCACUGAUCGACCAAUUGUAUCCAAGUACGGCCCAAUCUCGCGGUCCGCGCGUGCAAAGGUAAAAUCAACCGCGCCGGUCAACGCGACCGCCACUCAAGAGAUGGGGACUACGCCUGUUACCGCGGUUACGCCAAUGGAACGUCCUUAUCCAAUCACGUCGCAGGUCCCGAGUCGUUAUGUCAGCAAUGCUAACACAUCGCCUGCUGGUCAAACAAUCGCGCGGAGUUUACCGACUGCCGAAAUGAAAUUGGGGAGUAUCCUGUCGACGCAGCCGUACUCGGUUCAUGCAAUAAGGCAGAGAGUUGAGAACCUUCCCACGGAUCACGUCCCCGGUCCACCUUCGACCGCGGAGCGAGAGCAGCUGCGCUCGGAACUGGAGCGCCUGGACCACAAGAUCUUGUUGAUAACUGAAGACGAGGCAAUGGUGCACCAGCAGCUGCAGACGGUCGAGAUGAACAUCCAGGCGGAGUCUGGCAUGAUGCCUUUACCACCUGGCCACCCGUAUCUAAGUGGUAUGUUCCCACGAGACUUUGAGCAGUCGUAUGACCCUCGGUUCGGAGGGGAACAAGGCUUUGAAUCCCAGGUGGAACCAGCGUACGACCCGCGAACUGAGGUACAGUAUGAUGCCUGUCUUUUACCGGAACAGCAAUAUGACCCACGUCAGCCGCCAGAGCAACGCUAUGACCCGGGCAUGGACCAACCUGUUUACAAUCCACAGUUCAGCCGUUUUAAUUGAAACCAAUCGUAUCUGGGACGGCCUCUUGCUGUUGAGGUCAGCAAUUUGUGUGUUCAUACGAUGUGAGAGCCUCGCAUCAAGUUCAGGAUUGGACGUAAUGUGGAUGUCUGAUUGCUUUGAUCUGAAUGAAGCAGACUAGAACUACAUUUGUAUCGUACUAGUGGAUGAAAAGAUUAAAUAGCAACUUUGUACUUCUUCUUUACUCUAAGACUGGGUGACAUUUGCCCAAAAUGGGGUGAAAUUGUCCCAUAUAUUUUCCACCAAGCAGCUGGAACCAUACAAUGGUGAAUCUUUUAUUUCAACUUAAUAGUUGUACAGAAAUAUGUUAACCCAUUGGAGCCCGAGUUUCCACAGAAAUGCCACCCUAAAAAGUCCAAGUUUCUGGAGAAAAAUGUUGUUUGCAUCACCUUUGAUGCCAAAAUACUCUUCACCCUGGAAAACAUUAUGUGAAAAUUAUGCUCAGCUACCGCAGUAUGUAACCAAAAUUGUCGUUCGGAAUAUGUACUUCAUUUGCACAAAGCUGUAGUAAGUGUUCUAUGUGAAGGGGUGCCGAGUGAGUUUUGGCAACUUUAGUCAAGAUCGGGAAAACACAGGUUUUUCUUUGGCGACUAUAGUCGAGAUCGGGCUUCAAAGGGUUAAAAGAUUGCAAUGGGCUAAAUUUAUCAUAAUCUGGCCCAAAUAAGCAUUUGGGAGGUUCGUCGUCGUGGCCGCAGAAUCAUGCACCUUCAUGUUUUAUUUGCUUGCCAGCUCUUAAGAGCGUUGAAAAACUUACUAUUUUGAAGGAAUAAGUUUUUGUUGUGUUUAUAUAUAGUUUGCCAUUAAUUUGUGGCAUAAAUAAAAUUAUUUUGAUCACUGCGGUGUGCGUAUAUACAUGUAUUUGUGGAACUACGAGAGCUGUAAUGCAUAAUGUAUGAACAGUGUUAAAAUUUGUAGGGCAGGUCAGGCUCGUGACAGACCAAAAUUUAAAAUACAUGUACACCCAAAAAAAUUGGAUGAUAGUAUGGAACAUUUUGGCUCUCAUUAUAUCGGGGAAUUUUUGAGACCGUAACGUUUUGACUGGUAUUCAGGCAAAUCAACUGGAAACAAGCCAAAUGAUUGUCUGCUGUAAAAGUGGCCAAUUGUACAUACAUGUAGAACGUAAUAAAUGGAGUUUUUAUUUUCAAAGACAUUAUUAUCAAUAUGUGACCCAUCACAGCAAAACCAGGCGCAUGUCGCACAGAAGAUGAGCCUAAAUGACACCAGGAGGUAAUGGAAGACAUUGAUGUGCUCAUAUUUCACAAAAGGCAGACGACAGAGAAAUGAGCAAACAGUCCGUCUCAACCUGUCAAGCUCAGAGUGCCUGCUUUUGCUGUGACGUUUCACAUAUUAUCAUCAUAAUCGCCUAUUAAUGCUGUAUAUUCUAGCCUCAUUACUGCAGGUUGCCCAUUGUUUUCACUCUCACUCUGGGGUGUGUCCCAUUACCACAUAUCACAUCAUUAGUAGAUGUGAGGUUCCUCAUCCUCGGUGAACUUGGUCAUGAAAACGACAGCCUUGAGGUUGUGGGCGACACCCUGUUUCAAUUUCAAGGGUUGGCGACUGUUUUUUGUUUUUCCAGAGGACUGCUUCCCAGGUUAUGAAUAGGCAUUCACUUCAUUUUGAUAGAGUUCUAAUUGCUCUAGGAUUUCCAGUUAUGGUCAAAAUGGAGGUGCCUAUGGUUAACCUUUAACACGGUGAUUUUUGAUUAUUCCACCUCUUGAUGUACACGUACUGUCAAUGUAACAUGAGUAAAUGUAGACCUAUGUUUAGGUUGCCAUCGUUAUACAUUCUUAUGCUUGUAAUGCUUGUGAACAUGCGACACUUUAAUGAUUAUAGCACUGCGCAAACGAGCGAUGUAAAUUGCUCUGACCUGGGAUUAUAAUCACUGCAUUGUGCAACAAAAAUUACUUGCCUGCAUGGACUUAAAACCGGUAAUCACUGGGUUUAAAAUUGAUUGCAGGUCGCUGUGAUCACCGAUUCUUGUCGCAGGCACACAAGCUUUUUUGUUGCCUGCGAUCAUGAUUACAGCUUGCAGUGAUUUAAAUUGCUUGUUUGCUAGGCACUUUAGGACGGUGAACCAGUCGAGGAAUAACCUGGUGGCCUUAUUUCGGGUAACACAUUUUAGGCAUAAAAUUUGUUAAUAUCGUUGAGGAAAUUUCUUCUAAAGGGACAACUUGGGCAUGGGAUUUACCUGACCAGGUGGAUAAUACCCCUGCUUGACACCAUGUGCCACCAAUGGUAGUAUCGCACCAAUGCUGAUGUUUAUAAUGAUUUCUGCCAGUGUUACGAGGCAGUUGUGGACAUGGAUUAUAAAUUUCAGGCAUGCCUGGUUACAUGUACAUACCGUUCUAGUGCAUUGUUUAUUGCGGUUCAGUGAUUUUUCAAUGAUCCUGUUUGGUGAUGUUGCGGUCCUGGUAGAAGCCAUUUCUGUAUGAAAAACCAAAUAUAUCUCAUGCCCGAUAUGUCCCUUUAAAACCACGUCAAUCCAUUUGCGGUUGAGUAGUCGUGCAUCAUUGCCCACUCAUUAUGUGCUUGGCAUGAAUUAAAUAUGACACCCAUCGUUCUCUUAAAUAGUAAUUGGUGUUAAAUGUCAAUUAUGUUUCUGUUAAUUGAUGUUCAACGUUAAUCAUGUGUAUAUGGCGUGUGUCGAGAGGCUGCAGCCAAGUGCUGAUGGGUUGAAAUUAUAAGACGUGCUAUGCACGUCGCUCACACGUGAUGGGACAUGUGACAUGUUAUGCUACGCACGUCAGUGCAGCAAAAGGCUUCAUCUUUCUCGCCUAUAUUCCACCGGAUAUAAACACAGCUUAUUUUGCUGAUCAGUAUGGGAUUCAAACAAAAAAAUUAUUUAGUAUUUCGACUGGUCUGUUCUCUAAGAGAUACAUAUUUGAUUGUUUUCUAUGAAAGAUUUGCUGCAAUGUUGUUUUUUGCAGCCUCUUCCUGUUGGAAGUGGAUGUUAUAAGAUGUGAUGGAUCAACAUACUGUAAAGCUGGAAUUUCUUGCUGGCUGUUUAAUUUUGCAGCACUUUCCCUCAUAAAAAUCAACAGCCCUAAAGAUGUAGAGGUCAUCUCCCAAUUUAUUAAAUUGCCAGAAUUUUCCAUGUUGUUCAGUCAUCUGCCCAACAUGACUGGGGUCACAGUUGACACAUGGUGACCUGGGUAUCGAAGAGGUCGUGUUGAUUUCAGAAGAUUGCCACCAUUCAGUCAUGCUAGGUUAUAACCGUGUACUUGAAAUUCAACUAACUUUAUUUGAAUGCUAAAGAUAAAGCACAAGUGUGUCUGUGAAAAUCGA